UUCUAAGCUAGGAGUCAAUGUUGUCUAGCCUUGUAGCAUCAUCUUACAUUCGACGGGAGCAAAUCCCAUGCCAAAUAUUCGAAGAUUGCUGUCCUUCAAGGUGUUCAGAAGACUCUGCUUUAUUUUGUCAGCGUCUUCACCUAGAAGGACUAUGUCAUCUGCAUAUUCUAAGUCAACAAGAUUUUUCCCUGGUAACAGGUCAAUCCCUGAGUCUCUGAAGUCAGUUAGGGUCAAUUCUAUUAGUACAUCUAUGAUGAAAUUGAAUAGAAAUGGGGAUAGUGGGCAUCCCUGUCCGACACCACUAGUUGUCACCACUUCAGAUGAUGACUCGCCAUAAGCUCUUACCUGGCUGCAUGAGUUCGAGCAGACUGCCUUGAUCAGUGCAAUGCAUUUUCUCGGCAUUCCUUUCACAGCCAAACAUCGCCAUAGUGCCUCUCGACUGACAGAAUCGAAUGCCACCUUUAGGC